UGUCCGUCAUACCGGAAGUCACCCGAGAGACAAAUGAUGCAACACACGGAAAGUUCCGGAUCAGCCAAAGGUCGACGUGCGGAGCUAACCUGCUAACACGACUUCUUUAAUCCUCCACAAACUCACCGAAACACUCAGAGUCUGAAACAUGCCCAGAGGCAGCAGAAGCAGGACAUCCAGGAUGGCGCCUCCGGCCAGCCGGGCACCACCGUCCCCACCACCUAUGGCCAGGGCACCUCCUCCCUCCUAUGCCCCAGCUCCAGCGCACGCUGCUCCGUCUGCUGUGGGCGCUCCAGCUGCAGCACCCAGACAGCCCGGUAUGUUCGCCCAGAUGGCGACUACCGCCGCCGGAGUGGCAGUGGGCUCCGCAGUAGGACACACCAUCGGCCACGCCAUGACCGGAGGCUUCGGUGGAGGACACUCGGAGCCUGCCAAGCCUGACGUCACAUACCAGGAGCCAUACCCAGCUCAGCCCAUGUACCAGCAGCAGCCACAGUCCUCGUACUACCAGCAGGAGGCCCCUCAGCAGCAGCAGCAGGCCUGCUCAUAUGAGCUUAAGCAGUUCAUUGAGUGUGCCCAAAACCAGAGUGACCUAAAACUGUGCGAAGGCUUCGGAGAGGUGCUCAAGCAGUGCAGGUUUUCUAACGGUCUGUCGUGAGACCGAGACAAAAACUUGGAGAGCGAGGAGUGCACACAAACUGCAAUCUGGACACCGGGAGAGGGUGUAAUUCACAAGAGAUCAAUAGAACAUGAUAUUAUUUUGACAGCUGAUAACCAUCAAACAGCAAUAUUGUAACCAUUUCUCAGGACAGCGCUGCAGAGUUUGUAACAAUAGUCUUAUAAAUAUUGUUUAUAUUUUUUUUGUGUUGCAUGCUUUUGAGUUGAUUUUGGGUUGUUUUGCUUCAGUGCUAUUAAUUUGAAGUUCCUCCCAUUUAAAUAUCACCAGAUGAGCUUCAUUUAUCAGUCAUGAUAACUUGUUGGAUUAUGGACAUCUACAGUUUGUUUGCAACAAACAUAAUAAAGCACUUGACUCUUAAAAACA